GCGUGGAACCUCCCUGUCCAAUCAGAAUUCAGCUGGGACUGUGACGUCGCAUGCUGGGUCAACCGCCAGAGGAAGGCCGUUUUAAAGUUCGUGUUUUACGUGAAAAAUAGCCUGUAUUGGUAAUUUUUUACCAGUCUUUCAAACGUGUGUUUGUUACAAAGUCAAUCUCUAAGUGUUUUCUGCGAAGCUUUUCGGUGAAAUGGGAAGAGAAAAUUACGCUAAAGGAGACGCAAAGACCAAGCAAAAAGGGUCAAAGUUGAGGGACCGUGAGAGGGCAGGUUCCGGUGGAGAUCUGACUACGAACAGUCAAACACCAACCAAGUCCAAAGAGAAGAUAAAGAAUACUGGAUCACCUAAGAAGGUCAAGACACUUAAGGUGGAAAGCCUGGAGCCAGUCAGCAGUUCCAGUGACUUGGUGAAACUAGAACCCCAGGAUGAGGACUUCACUGUGAAGAGAAAAGGUUUGAAAAGGAAAAGAGUCAAAGAUGAGCUGACAGAAGCUUCACAAUCAACUGCGUCCUCUGCCUCAAAGAGCAGAGUUAGGCACCUUGGUGAUGAAGAAGGAAGUGAAAAAGCUCAGAGAAGGAAAUCCACGAAGAAAACAGAAAAGACGCUCAAGAAAGAGGAAGGAGAGCAUCCGGUCUCGAAAAAAGCCAAGAGGACAAAGGAAGAGAUUGAAGAAGCAAGACUGCUAAAGAUAAAAAAGAAGGAAGAGGAGGAGCAGAACCGCUGGAGAUGGUGGGAGGAAGAGAAGUAUGAAGAUGGAGUGAAAUGGAAGUUUUUGGAACACAAUGGACCCUACUUCCCUCCUGAGUACCAGCAUCUUCCUGACAAUGUUAACUUCUUCUAUAACGGUGAGAAGGUGAAGCUGAGCCUGGCAGCAGAGGAGGUGGCAGUUUUCUUUGCCCAGAUGUUGGACCAUGAAUACACAACAAAGAAGGUGUUUCGUGAGAACUUCUUUAAAGACUGGAGGAAGGAAAUGACCCCUAAAGAGAGGUCUCUGAUUAAAGAUCUUGAGAUGUGUGACUUCAGAGAAAUCCAUGCAAUGCAUAAAGCCAGAGUGGAGGCCAGGAAAAGCAUGAGCAAAGAGGAGAAAAAGGCUCUAAAAGAAGCCAAUCAAAAAAUAGUGGAUGAAUAUGGCUACUGCCUGCUGGAUCACCACAAAGAACGGAUUGGAAAUUUCAAGAUUGAGCCUCCAGGUCUGUUCCGAGGAAGAGGCGAGCAUCCCAAGCAGGGAAUGCUGAAGAAAAGGAUCCAACCUGAAGAUGUUAUCAUCAACUGUGGCAAAGACUCCCGCACACCGGUACCCCCUGCUGGCCACCGCUGGAAGGAAGUACGACAUGACAACACGGUGACGUGGCUGGCCAGCUGGACUGAAAAUAUCCAAGGCUCCAUAAAAUACAUCAUGCUCAAUGCAAACUCAAAGCUUAAGGGCGAGAAGGACUGGGAGAAAUAUGAGGUUGCUCGGAAGCUGAAGUCAUGUGUGGACAGCAUCCGUAACGAGUACCUCCAGGAUCUCAAGUCUAAACAGAUGGUCACCAGGCAGAGAGCUGUGGCCCUGUACUUCAUAGACAAGCUGGCCCUGAGAGCUGGAAAUGAGAAAGAGGAGGGAGAGACAGCGGAUACAGUUGGCUGCUGCUCUCUUCGUGUCGAGCACAUCAUCCUACAUGAACAACUGGAUGCUAACGAGUGUGUGGUGGAGUUCGACUUCCUGGGUAAAGACUCCAUUCGCUACUACAACAAGGUGCCGGUCAUCAAGAAGGUUUUUAAGAAUCUUAAACUUUUCAUGGAGAACAAGGAUCCUGGAGAUGAACUCUUUGAUCGUCUAAACACAUCCCUUUUGAACAAACAUUUGAGCUCCUUAAUGCCUGGUCUGACUGCGAAGGUCUUCAGGACAUACAACGCCUCCAUCACCCUGCAACAGCAGCUCAAAGAGCUCACCAACGAGUCGGACAAUGUGGCAGGAAAACUGCUGUCCUACAACAGGGCAAAUAGAGCGGUUGCUAUUCUCUGUAACCACCAGCGGGCGCCGCCAAAAACCUUUGAGCAAUCAAUGGCUAACCUUCAGGCGAAGAUUGAUGCUAGAAAGGAACAGCUGGCUCUGGCGAAGACCGAACUGAAACAGGCCAAAAAGGAGGCGAAAACCAAAGGCAGCUCAGACCCCAAGCUGCAGAGUCUGGUGGAGAGGAAGAAGGCAGCAGUGAAGCGCUGUGAAGAGCAGCUGCUGAACAUGGAGGUCCAGGCAACUGACAGAGAGGAGAACAAACAGAUCGCGCUCAGUACCUCAAAGCUCAACUACCUGGACCCACGCAUUAGUGUGGCUUGGUGUAAGAACAUGGAGGUACCAGUAGAAAAAAUCUACAAUAAAACCCAACGGGAGAAGUUUGCCUGGGCCAUUGACAUGACGGAGGCAGACUUUGAAUUCUAACUUUAAAUGUCUCCAGAGCUACUCUUAAAAACUGAUGCCAGGAUGCAACUGAACAACCGUUUCUAUUAGUUCCAGUUAAUUCAAAUCAGAUUGAAAAUGACUUUUAUAGUGUGUUGAUAUACAGCUGAUGUGCCAUUCUGUGACAUGCUCCAGCUUUGCCUUAGUGUUGACGUAUUGCUGUUAAUUUGUUUGCUUUUGGCAUUUCAUUUCAAUAAUUGCUGUUGAUAUUUGUACAUUUGAUUUGCAUUAAUAUCAAUAAAGAUUCUUAAUGUGCAUUAAA